ACGCAUGCUUGCGUAGGAGAGAGAAGUACAGCUAUGAUYGAAACUUUACCGUUUUUGUUGUCAAAUUUAGGUUUUUUCUGUCAUUUUUUCUUCCUUGAUCCUAAGUUUGAUAGAAGUUUUAGACAGUGUUAUGUUUUUUGAUGUGGUAAUGAUUGGUUUGAGUUGGUUGUAUCGUGCAGAAUGGACGAAAGGACAACUGAAAACAGCACCAAUCUACAACGACAUGAACCAGGAGGAACAGAAACCAAUUCUUCAGAGCCAAAGGCUUAUCAACAUCCAAUUGCUAUAGUGUCCUCAGUUAGGGAAUCUUUUCUUCUUCGACCAACAAUGAUACCUCUUCGUUCGGCACCAAGUAUGGCUGCAUCUCCAUGCUUGACAGGAGCAAGCUUGUUUUAUUCAACUCAGUAUAUCCCAACUCAACAGUUUGCAAUGAACCAGCCACAAGCACCAUUUCCAGUGUCAGUUAUGCCUCCUUUGCUUCACGUACAAACCAACAAUCUCUCUACGGCAAGACCAAAUAAUAUACACAUGCCAGAAAGAGAGGUUCAUAAAAAACGCAAAUCCAUGCAGGAGUCUGAACCAAUGGAUACAGGCUCAGUUGUUAAUAGUGCUAGUGAUCAACGGAGCUCUGUUGGGAGCCUUGAAGAUCAAAACUUGAAAAUGGAGGAGACUUCUCCCCUUCCGUUAUCACUGACGACUGAUGAGAGUCCUCCUAGUACACCCUAUUCAUCUGCAUCUUCACCUACAGCAAUUGGUGCCAUGUCUCCAACAUCUCCUCCGCUGUUGCACUCUCCAACCACAAAUGAAAUGUGUGCAAUAUGUGGAGAUAGAGCUACUGGUCAUCACUAUGGGGUGCCAAGCUGUGAAGGCUGUAAAGGAUUUUUUAAACGAAGUGUACAAAAUAAAAAGGCUUAURCUUGUCGUAAUUUGACAAAGGAUUGCCCUAUGGACAAACGGCACCGUAAUAGGUGUCAAUACUGCAGAUUUCAAAAAUGUUUAAAAGUUGGGAUGAUUAAAGAAGCUGUAAGAGAAGAUAGGGCACCAGGAGGAAGACACAAGAACUCACUAACACAACCAAAAACUAAAGACGACCAACAACCACCAUGCAAGCAGCCAAGGAAAAGCUUAUCAAUGAUGUCGCCUUGUAAAAACCCUGAGCCACCUGCACCUUUACCAGAUCUUAUUGACAAAAUUAUCACUUUUGAUUCCGUUAACACUGGAAAUAUGGAAGACUGUUUGGGCUGCAAGGAAACUGAACUGAAGGAAAAGACUUUGGCACAUGUCACACAACUGGCUGAACAACAGUUGGUUAGGAGUUUGUCUUGGUUUGAAAAUCUGCCACUUUUGAAGGAUAUAAGUAAAUCAGACAAGGAUACUUUAAUCAAAAAUUGUUGGGUAGAGCUUAUGCUUGCUAAUUUGAUUAAACAGUCACAGAAUUUAGAGGAUAAAGCUAUGCUCUGUAAAAAACAAAUAUUGGAUUAUGAGACUGCUGAGACAACAGGUAUUGGAGAUAUCAUGCAAAGAGUUGUACAAAUGGCAAGUAAAUUUAGGGAAUUUCAACUGGAUCAGGUGGAGUUUGUUUGCAUGAAGAUUAUUGUCCUGUUAAAUCCGGAUGUAGUUGGUCUUGAAAAUCAGGAGCUAAUUGAACAGUUACAGGAUAAAUUCCACACAGCUCUACAAAACUACAUCAAAACUACGUUCCCAAAGGAAACCAAUCGAUUUGGUAACAUAUUGCUCAGAUUACCAGAAUUACGUUCCAUUGGAACCAAGAGUAUAGAAYGUCUGUUUAUGCUAAACCUCACAGGACAGAUCCACCCUAGUGAUUCCCUUUCUGAUCUACUUCAUUCCGCCAAGCGUUAGUAAACAAUACUUACACUGUACACAUUCUGUAAGGGAAAAUGCUGAUAGACUCCUGAAGCACUUAACAGGAAAAAUUUCAUGGCUGUUUCAAGGGCAUGCUUGAAGUCUUUGGUCUCGUACAUAAUGCUCUGGUACUGAAGAUAAGAGGUAGAAUAAGGAUAGUAAUGGUUGUAUGUAAGCAGUCUGUUAUAGCAGACAUAUGAGAGCAGGUUUUGUGUGUCUGUGGAAAAAUGUAGCCUGUUCUGUUUCUGGAUAUUGCCUGGAUUCUUGUGUUUUGGUUCCUGUUGAUCAAAAAAUUACUCUCACACCAUUUUAUAGACCAUGCUUCAUAUCUUAAGCUUCAGACUCAAUUGUGAGGCUUUGCUCGUAUGGUAUUUCAUGUUUGAUACAAACAUAUGGAUCAUGAAAUACAUUAAUUUAUUGAUGGGAAUGAAAUAAUGUACUUUUUAUAAUGUUCCUGCCUUUCGGCAAUUAUUAUAAAAGUUUGGUAGAAAUGCUAGCGAAUUCGCUACUCAACGACGUAUUUGAAUCUACAGCACUGUUUCUACUUCUGCUUUUGAGGUUUGGUGCAAUUUUGAACAUUUUAUUCUGGAUAGCCUAGCUAUCGAAUAUUAAUAUUUUGAACAUGGCCUUUUAUAAAUGUGAUGAUGGUUUCGUAUAAACAAAGAUUGUCGUAAAACACAAGAAAAUGUCAGAAAAGCAAAGUGACAAAAAUUACUAGUAAUGUUGGUAACGUCACCAGGUGCAGUAUUUCCAUGUCAUGAGUGUUCUCUCAGCGACCCAAAAUUUGCUAUACUAGGCAGUAUUAUGUAGAUAGAAUUCAAGGCAGACUUAAACAGAAGGUAAGAGGUAUAUAUCGUAGAACAGCAACCAGACUGUUUUAGAGAUUAAGAUUGUCUUAUGACAUAUUGUUACUGGUCAUUUACGUGUAUCUCAUGUAGGCCUUUUCUGACACAGUGAACAUGGUGCAUUCUGGUCUAGAUUGAGUGUAAACUGUUUGUAAUGGUACCCAAGAUAGACAUGAAUGAACCUUCAUUGUUUGAUUGAGAAAUAGCAAAUAAGGACAUAUUUUUAUGUAAAGGAAUUGUACUUAAAAUAUUGAAAUGUAUAUUGUUAGGUAGUAACACUAAGUGUUAUAUCUUUUACACGUAAUAAUUAUUGUAUAUUAGAUAAUAAUAUUAUCGUUCCACACAUGGUAUAACCAAUACAUAUGUGUCAAAUCUAAAAUCUACACUUGAUGUAGAAGUAAUCUUUAUCCAGAGCAGAAUUAUAAGGUAUAAUAACAGUAUAGGUAGACUUAUAGAGCACAAACACCAAGUGUGCAAACCAAAUAGUACUAGAUAGUGCUACAUUAUGCUAAUUCUAUUGCGUAGUUCCAGAAAUAUCCAUAUUCCCACCACAGAGGAAGUUUUUAAAAGGACCCCCUACCCCCAGGAACUUACAAUUUUCUUCCAUACAAACGCUGUAAUUCAUUCAUUCUCUUAUCCCCCUCUACUCCAGGGUUUCCAAUUUCCUCCUUGGGUGGGGUAUGGAUAUUUUCUGGAACUUCACAUUGUUUAAAUAGUGCUAUUUAGUGCUAAAUAGUCCAAAGUAUUGUAUAGUUUUAGUGUUUGUACUCUAAUGACAAAUAUUUGUUUUGGUUUAACCAGAAAUCUAUUGUUUCUUUAAUUUCCUGUGAGAUUUCUUCCCAUGCUAGGACACACACUACACUGGUCUCAUAGGGCUGUAGAUCUGUACCACAAUGUUGUUUUGAAUGAGAACUUUAGGAUAGAAAGUUUCAAAUUGCAUGUAAAACUCCAUCCUAUAUAGAUUAAUGAAAUGCAUUGCUUGUUAUUUUU